GCCUCAUAAGUGAAAUAAAUAAGUAUAAAAAAAACCCACACAAAAAAAGUGAUUUCUGUAAAAAAAAAAAAAAAAAAAAAAAAGAUUCUAACUCCGUGUUGUUGGGAUUCUAUGCCAACAAAGUUUUGUUAAUUUCUCUUCUUGGCAAACUCUUUCCUUCCUCCCCCCUCUCUGCCAAAGUUACGGACACGGUGGAUCUUUGCCAGCUGACCCUCUAUUGUCUUCAUUAUGUCCAUGUGGUCUGGGAUGUGCACGUAGCGGAUAUUUCUUCCAGUGAUGAAGAGGUCUUGCAGCUGAGUGAGGCUCCCCUUCCGGUCACGGUCCACCGUGGUCACUUCCCCUCGCAGGCCCUGCAGCAGCACCACCAUGCUGUUCUCUGCGAUGGUGCGCUCCCGGAUGGAGUUGAAAGUGUCUGCUUGGGCUGACAACGGUCCCUCAGUCCUCUCAGACUCCAUGGCCUCGGCAACACCUGCAAGCCGCCUCAAGAAUUCUUCAUCCUGAAUCAUCCAUUGAAGCCUUGAGCACCCGUCUGCGGCUGUCGACGGAGGAACAGGCUGCACCCAGGAGGAGCGGAUGAGCGUUCUCAUUACAAAUACACAUCUGUGGACGUCAAUCUCCAACACAGCAGUCUGAAGACUGAAUUCCCCUGGAUGGAUCUCAUCUCGCCCCGCCUGUGACACAAUGGAGACCACUGGGUGUACGCGACCUCCAGAUGAGCCGGACCCCCUCGAGGCCCAUCUGGGCUUCUUCCAUAAACUGGGAUACUCCACAGCGCAGGUCACAGCUGUGCUGAAGAAGUUCGGCCCUGGCACGGACACUGAUAAAGUUCUCGGUGAACUGGUUCGGAUGAGAGCUGACUUGCUGGCUAAGCAGGGGCCCGUGACCACCGUGUCUGUGCUGGUUACUAAAGGUGACACCCAGUAUGCAGACACGACCAUCAUGCUGCCGCUUGCUUCGCAAAGCAAAGAGGAGGACAGUGAUGAUGAAGGUGCACUCAGAGAUAUUGUCAUUGAUGGGAGUAAUGUGGCCAUGAGCCAUGGCAACAAGGAAGUCUUCUCUUGCUUGGGUAUCCAGUUGGCCGUGGACUUCUUCUUGAACCGAGGUCACACCAACAUCACUGUAUUUGUUCCCUCGUGGAGGAAAGAGCAGCCCAGGCCAGAUGUUCCAAUCUCAGAUCAGAAGAUUCUUGAAGAUCUGGAGCAGAAGAAGCACCUGACGUUCACACCGUCGCGCCGCGUGGGGGGCAAGCGGGUGGUCUGCAACGACGACUUUUUCAUCGUGAAAAUGGCCUACGAUGAGGACGGCGUCAUCGUGUCCAACGACAUGUACCGCGACCUUCAGGCCGACAAGCCCGAGUGGAAGCGUUUCAUCGAGACGAGGCUGCUCAUGUACUCCUUUGUUAAUGACAAGUUCAUGGUUCCUGAUGAUCCACUUGGCCGCUAUGGUCCAAACCUGAAGAACUUCCUUCGGAGGUUUCCAAAGACGCAGAAAAAGCCUCUAUGCCCUUACGGAAGAAAAUGUACCUUUGGAUUGAAAUGUAAAUUUCAUCAUCCGGAGCGGGCCAAUCAGUCCCCUCGCUUGCUUGCUGAUGCACUUCGAGAGAACACAAAGAAGCUCUCCUCCAUUGUUUCCAAAUCAUCAGACAGCAGUCCCGCUCCUGACCACAGCCUCUUACUUGUGGAAGAUAUGGCAAAGAAAUUGACUCUGGGGCAUGAGAAAGGAUCCUUGAGGAAAGGCACCCACUGCUCGAGGCAGAAAGCCUCCUCGCCAAAAAAGGAGAAGGCUAGUUUAGGCUUUUCUGAUCAUUGCUCCCUUAAGCAGCUAGACUCUGGCAUAGGUUCUAUAGACAGCCAAUCAAUGGAGGCCCCUCAGUGUGGCGCAACAUCUGGGAGCCACCAGCCUAGGCAGCAUUUUUCUUCAACAAGAGCACCAUGCCACUGCUGUUCUCAUGGGUCUGCCUCUUGGAGAUCUUUUCAUCAGAGGCCAGUGCACCACCACAGCUCUGGUGACUUCAUGCCUUCAGACUCUCCUCAUUACGCCAGCUAUGGAGGCUACCCCGUUAGCAACAUGGAUCAUUUCCAACAUGGCCACCUGGAGCAGAUAUACUGGUCUGACCCAGUCAGGCCUUAUGCACCCAUCUGCCAUUUCCCAGGUGGGCGUUCACCAAGGGAGCCUCCUCAGAGGCAAGCAUUGGACCCCAACUUGGAGGAGAGGAAGAUCGUGCGUAAAAAGCUCCUCGCUAUCUACAGUGCCCACUUGGUGGACGCCGCCAUGGACAUGUUUCCACAUGUGGUUGACCCUCAGAUGUUGGUUGCUGAGAUUGUCAUGAUGCAGAGUCACAAUAAGAUGAGAUAAGCUUGUGCUAAACACACGUUUGCGUAUUAUUUUUUUUUGUCUUUGUGUUUUAUUAAUGCUUUGGAACAUGAAGCUAUGUGUUUUCUCAAUGAGCAGUAUAGUUGAUACAAAUUGUAUCCAAAUAUAUCUCACAAAUUAGUAGAAACAUUUGCAAAUGCUCAUUCAGAAAUAGAGCAUUAUGCAAGGAUGUUAGGGCUCUGCAGGAUGAUAUCAAGGCAUUAUUGGAAGACAGUGCUGCCUUGCGCGCUGCUCUUAAGGAGGCUAUAAAACCUAUGGAAGCUGCCUUGCGCGCUGCUCUUAAGGAGGCUAUAAAACCUAUGGAAGCUGCCUUGUGCGCUGCUCUUAAGAGGUGAAAAAAAUCUAUGGAAGCAAAUAGAGCAUUGUGCAAUGAUAUCAACAUUCUACGGGAUGAUAUCAAGGCACUGUUGAAGGAUAAUGCUGCCUUUCGCACCACACUUGAGGAAGAGAAAGAAGCAAAGGAAAAUAUCACUAUGCAAAUGAAAAAUACAAUUGACGAGAUGGAUCAGAAUGAAUGAAUGAUGUGAUCCUCACAGGGCUCCGAAUUACACCCAGGUCAAAAGAUAGGGUAGUCCAAAACAGAGGGGAACCAGAUGGAAUGGAUGUUCCUUCAACAAAGCAACAGAUGGCCAAUGUCCUACAAUCAAAGGUGGGCGGAUGUAGACUUCAACACCGUCGCCACUUGCAUCCCACAAUAUGGCAGAAACAAGACCACUCCUGUGAUCGUUUCAGUUCACUAACAGGGAAUUCAAAACUGCACUGCUGAAACAGGGAAAGAAGCUGAGAGGCAAAAACGGUAAAAACAUGAAUGAGCAUCGGACAAAACGCAGUGCAGACAUGAGGAAGCAGGGAAAGAUACAAAGCACUCGGAGCACCGACGGUAAAAUCUACAUCAAGCUAAAUCGAGGUCCAAGAGAAGCAAGAGUGCUUGUUGCCAAAUACAUCAACGAUCUGGAUUCAUAUUAAAGAGCAUAUCACUAUGACAAUAAGGAUAAUAGAAGCACGCCAUCGUGCAAGGGCCUGCUCAACAAAGUACUAAAAUGAAUCUAUGUUCAAGGACAGUCACAGUACAGCACCAAAGAUGGGAGGAUGUGGAUGCGGAUAUCAACUGGGGAGAACAGAAGAAAAAGAAAAAGAAGGAAAAAAAUGUAUUUUUAAAUAUACUUGUGUGUGUGUGUAUUAGCAAUUGAUUAGCGAUUGAUGUGAAUUGUAACAUGACGUAUUCGAUGUAAUCGGUAUGCAUG